AUGACCCGAGACCCUUUCUUGUUCGACAAAACCCAGCCCAUCUUCUGGUCCGACGAUAUUUGGACCGGCGACCCCGACGGAGACACAACCCUCAGCUUCGAAGACGAAACGUGGCGGGUCAAGAAGGACAUUGUCAUUGCCCACUUCCCCUGGAUCAUGGCGGCGAUAGCCAGAGCAGAGCCGUCUCAGGGCGAGCCCGCAAUCAUCUGCCCCCAACUCCCAACCCAGCUCUGGGAAGACGAGCCAUCCUUCUUCACCUACGUCGAGAUGUACUUCCUAGCCGAGCGGUUCCGUCUCGACGGCCUGCGGCUGGCCAUGGCGGCGUGCGUGGAGGAGCUCUCGCGGCACGUGCUGGCGCUGGCGGGCCACCACUGCGCGCGCUGCCGCGUCUCGCGGGAGCGGGUCGAGUGGGAGGAGAGGCAGCACCUGGCCUCGUUCCUCGACGCGGUGCUGGUGGUGGAGACGCGGCCAUGGAGCGCCAAGAUGGUCAAGGCUAUGUAUGAUGCCGGCGAUCGCAUGAAGGCGAGGCUGGUGAGGCUGCCUGCGUUUCGGGAGUUUGUGGAGAAGUUUCCGGAGGGGAGGGGGUUUGCGCGGGCUAUUGGGGUGCGCAAGAUUUGA